CUCACACAAAGAAAUAUGCUAGACAUACAGUAGUAGGUACUUAUCCAUGAGCUACACAAGGAUCUCCACAGUUAGUCACCGGGACCAUACCAAUGCCCACUGUUCUCAAGAGAAUCACUUCAUACAGAAUAUUGAAAUAAGAGGACAAUUGGAAAGGCUGGACGUUUUGAUUCAACUACAACUUUCCGUCCUACUACACCAUGGUUAAUGUGUUGCCAUUCAUUGGAAGGGUAGAAGGAUGACCUUCUACCUAAGCUUUAGCUCUUUUUUCUUCUGAGUUAUGGCAUCAUGUUCAUUCUCUGUGAGAUGUGUUCAGACAGCUGGGUAACAGGAGCUGUAAUGGGACACAGUUUCACGGACUCUCAUUCUACGUGUUUCAGCGGGAAGUUUCCUUUGCUGUACCCCAAAGAGGAUAAGUUGUGAGAUGGGGGAUAGGGGGGGGUUUGGUGAGUAAAAUAUAGAUUUAGCUUGAAGAUCAAAAGAACAAUGAUAUCUAUUGGAGUCAAUGCUUUUGUUCUCUGCUUUUUCUUGAUGACUGCCAAUGCACUGAUAGACUCAGAUGAUGUCAUCACGCGAGACGAGCAGAUCUACCUCCUGAUUGGGGCCCGUGCCAAAUGUGAGAGGAUUAUCCGCUCCCAGCUAGCCAUAAUUAAAGAAGGUGAAUGCGUACCAGAGUGGGAUGGGAUUAUUUGCUGGCCCAGGGGGAGGCCUAGUCAGCUGGUUCCUGUGCUGUGUCCGGAGUACAUCUACGACUUCAACCACAAAGGUCAUGCAUACCGUCAGUGUGGCACCUCAGGGAACUGGGAACAGGUGCCGAGCAUCAACCGCACCUGGGCCAACUACAGCGAGUGUACCACCUACUUGUUGCCCAGCCAUAGAAGCCAGGAGGAGGACGUUUUUGUACGCCUGCACUUGAUGUACACCAUUGGUUACUCCAUCUCUCUAGUGUCCCUACUGGUGGCUGUCUCCAUCCUCUUCUACUUCAAGCGACUCCACUGCACACGAAAUUAUAUCCACAUUCAUCUCUUUACCUCCUUUGUGUGUCGGGCCAUCAGUAUCUUUGUUAAAGAUGCUGUCCUCUAUGCCAUGUCUGACGAUGAAAAGGCUGAAGUGGAGAACAUGUCAGAGAGGCCCCAUAUGGUGGGUUGUAAGUUGGCAGUUACUCUCUUUCUGUAUUUCCUGGCGACCAAUCACUACUGGAUUCUGGUGGAGGGGCUGUACCUGCACAGCCUAAUCUUUAUGGCCUUCCUAUCUGACAAGAGCUACCUGUGGGCGCUCACAAUCAUUGGCUGGGGUGUCCCAGCGGUGUUUGUAUCUAUUUGGGUCAGUGCACGAGCAUCACUGGCAGACACUCAGUGCUGGGACAUUAGUGCAGGAAAUCUAAAGUGGAUCUAUCAAGUCCCGAUUCUUGCAGCCAUUGUGGUUAACUUCUUCCUGUUCCUUAACAUCAUACGUGUUUUGGCCUCUAAGUUGUGGGAGACCAACACAGGCAAACUGGACCCCCGCCAGCAGUACAGGAAGCUGUUGAAAUCCACUCUGGUUCUGAUGCCCUUGUUUGGAGUGCACUACAUGGUGUUUAUGGCUCUACCAUACACUGAGGUUACAGGCCUGCUGUGGCAGGUGCAGAUGCACUACGAAAUGUUCUUCAACUCCUCCCAGGGAUUUUUUGUGGCAUUCAUCUACUGUUUCUGCAAUGGGGAGGUGCAGGCAGAGGUGAAGAAGGCCUGGCUACGUCGGAGCCUAGCCCUGGACCUCAAACAGAAGGCCCGGGUGACUAGUAGCGGGGGCGGGGGCAGCUGCUACUAUGGCGGCAGUGGCAUGAUGUCCCACACUACGUCCCAAAGCAUGAGCCUGACCGUGGUCAAUACCAGAGUAGUGUCCCUGACUGGGGUAGGAGUCCCAGCGAUGGGAGGGGGUGGGGAAAACAAUGGGGGAGGGGGAAGCAGGCAACCACGCCUCCACACUUCCCCCCUCCACCCUCACACAAAUCUGCCAGGUUACAGGCCCAGUGACACAGAGACCCAAAGUCCCCAGCAGGAACCUGUCUUGAGGAAGCCCAGGGUGGGGGCCAAGGCCUGUGUGGAAGCUUUUAGCAAGCACAUCAGGGCAGCUAGCGGGGGGAUCAAAGGGGCUGGUGGAGUAGCCAAGGUUGAGACUGCAGUAGCUGCUUCUCAGUGCUCGGGAGACAAUGGCCCCUGCUGUUCUUUGUCUCUAAAGGAACUGGAGACAAUCUUGUGAGCUGGAAAUGUUAUAUCUUACUGUUGGUUUUACUUAGCCAUACCCACUGCCAUGGAUCAAUAUUAAUGAGGCAUUCCAAGGACUGUCCAAGGACCAAUAAUCCAUACUGUAUAACUGAUCUCCAAAGGACCCCCUGUUAUUGAUUAAUGUCUGAAGAAACAGUUAUUGUAUUUAGAUUGGAUGAGAAGACUCACUGGUCUGAUGACACAGGUAUCGAUAGACAUUGAUUAACCAUGAAUAAAAAACAUUUGUUAUUGGUGUAUCAGUGAUUUUAAUGAUGAAACCAGUGAUAUGUGAGUUGCUGCAUACUUUACGGAAUAUGUUGUCUUGCAAGCCUUUGAAACAUAAUUUUUCUCAUAUUGCCUUUGAUAUCUCAUGCAACUGUAUGAUACAUCGUUAGACUGAUUUGUGUCUGCCUGUCCUCUCUCUGAUCUCUUCUGCAUACUGUACCAAUCAAUGCGCUAUUUGUAUUUUUUUGUCAGAUAUUGUAAUUUUGUAAUAAGCAGCAGUAAAUGUAAACAGUGGGGAGAACAUGUAUUGGAUACACUGCCGAU